UUGAUUAGGCAAAAUUUAGGAACAUGAUCAACAUUCAACAAUGCUUGUGACCAGCUAAAUUUUCUUAAAUUAAAGCGGGUUCGCUUGUUUUAAGGGGGGUAAAAAGAAGAAAAACUUUGUUUAGUUUAGCUAAAAGGUCCCAUACAGAGUGACUUUCAGGAGAAAUGGCCUGCUCUGGUUCUGUACCCCCUAACUCUUCUACCUUGCCUUACCUCAAGUCCUUGUUAGAAGAGGACUGUCACACUAAACACCCAUUUCUCCAAGAAAACACAAAGGGCAUAACCUAGAAUUUUAGGCAUAUCACCCCACAAUUAGGCCCUUUGGGCUCUCUUCCAAUCUUGCUGGUUCUAAUGCUCAAACCAAUGAAACCUGCAAUUUUGCUGAUGUGGGUUCUACCCCAAAAGCAGAAAGCCGCAACUUUAGUGAUGCACAUUAUGCUCAAACCCAUGAAACCAGCAACUUUAGUAGUGUGGGUUAUGCCCAAACCCAUGAAACCAGCAACUGUAGUAAUGUGGUUUAUGGCCAAACCCAUGAAAUCUGCAACUUUUACGAUGUGGGUUCUGUUCAAACUCAUGAAACCAGCACUUUAGUAGUGUGGGCUAUGCCCAAACCCAUGAAACCAGCAACUGUAGUAAUGGCCAAACCCAUGAAAUCUGCAACUUUUACGAUAUAAGUUCUGUUCAAACUCAUGAAACCUGCAACUUCAACGAUGUCAAUUCUGUUUCAACUCAUGAAAUCUACAACUUCGACGAUGUGAGUUCCAUUCACACUCAUGGAAUCUGCAAUUUUAUCCAUGUGGAUUAUACUGAAAACCAUCACAUAUGCAACUGUACUAGUGUGGGUCUUCACAAUAUGGGUCUAACCGGGGAGGAAGAGAACCAGUUUAAUGGGGGUUGUUCUGAGCUAGUUACUGGGGGCGAAGAUACAAAGGUCGGGGGAAUGGGUUCUGGCUAGAUUAUGGUGGCUGUUAAGAAGAGAAGUGGGCUGCCUGCUAAGAAUCUCAUGGCGGAAAGGCGGAGGAGGGAGAAGCUAAGUGAUCGGCUUCUCCUGCUUUGAUCUAUUGUGCCCAAAAUUAGCAAGAUGGAUAGGACAUCGAUUUUGCAAGAUGCAGUCAGUUACAUGAUGGAAUUGCUGCAACGGGUCGAGGUCGAGGAAAGAGAGGGAAGGAACCUGAAUAUUCGUAUGUGUUGCCCAACUAGGCCUGGAUUGCUCCUCUCCACGAUGAGACAUUUGGAUGGGCUUGGGAUUGACAUAAAACAGGCCUUUAUUAGUUGCUCGAAUGAAUUCUUCCUUGAUGUUUUCCAUGCAGAGCCAAUUGAAGGACGAGUUGCCCCUGAAGAUAUCAAGGCACUGCUUCUGCACAAUGCGGGCUAUCAAGCUACUGCAUAAGUGUGCUAACACCGAUGCAUCAAUAAGGUACAGAAAUUCAUACUUUGAAGUGGAAUUAUGAAAUAGUCUAAUCGACUAUGUAAAACCACCAUACUUCAUUGAGGUCAUCACUCUUGUCAUCCAAAGAAAUGAUCGGACAGUGAUGGCACCAAAACAGCAUAUGAUCCUCACAGUGGUCAUUUGAUUGGAAAAUAAUGGCAUUUCUGGACCAUGGUUUUUGUUAGUCUGUUUGAUAUGCUUUCUGUACUUUUAAUUCUUCAUUGCAUCUAUGAGUGGUUCUCAAUCCCCGUGAUUUGUUGAUUUGUAUUCGUAGUGCUCAUAUACUUAUUUGAGUUCUACAGUUUUCUCUAAUCUAUGAUUCUAAGAAA